GCCCUGAAUAGUGAAUACCAAUCAGUAGGGGAGGGUUGUGAUAUUCUUGCUUCCUUUGUUCUCUCUGUUACUCGAGAAAAAGAAAACCCAAACCUUAAAUCAUAGUCAUAGCAAAGGCCAUGGCAUCAGCAGCAGCAACAACAGCAGAAGCUCCCAGAUCUUCAAGUGGGUCCGCUGAUUCUUAUAUCGGCAGCCUUAUUAGCUUGACUUCCAAGUCCGAGAUUCGCUAUGAAGGCGUUCUCUUUAACAUCAAUACUGACGAAUCCAGCAUCGGCUUGAGAAAUGUGAGAUCAUUCGGAACAGAAGGACGAAAAAAGGAUGGUCCUCAAGUUCUUCCAAGUGAUAAAGUUUACGAGUACAUCCUCUUUCGAGGAAGUGACAUCAAGGAUUUGCAGGUCAAAUCUUCCCCACCACCACCAGUUCAGACAGCACCUAUACACCAUGAUCCUGCAAUUAUACAGUCUCAUUAUCCUCAAGCAGCAACAGCAUCUACCAGUUUACCUCCUUCUGGUGCUGGUUCUAUUCCAGAUCUUAGUGCCCAUGCUUCACAAAUGGGUCUUCCUAGGCCGACAUUUCAAGGAAGUCUUCCUUUAUAUCAACCCAGUGGAACUUUAUAUCAACCCAGUGGAAGUUUAGGGUCAUGGGGUUCAUCACCUCCUCCUCCAACCACAAAUGUUACUGGGCUUGCUAUGCCAAUGUAUUGGCAAGGAUAUUAUGGGUCCCCAAAUGGGUUUCCAGCCCAACAGCAAUCUUUGCUUCGACCCCCACCUGGCUUGUCAAUGGCACCUUCCAUGCAGCAGACUAUGCAAUAUCCUGUUAUGAGUGCAUCUUUGCCUUCUGGAUCUUCCAACUUGUCAGCUUCAUCUUUGUCUGAGUCACCCUCUCCUUUGUUGCCACCCCUUAGCAGUGGCACCCUGAAUUUGCAGUCUUCUAUACUUCCUGCUCCAUCUUCUGCAAUAGUUUCAGAUUCAUCAAGUUUGAUUACUAAUAAGGCUUCUACACAAUCUCUUUCUACUGCUACUCUGAGCACCAGCUUGCCAUUGGUAUCUCCAUUGACUACUGUUUUGGAUAAAACUGCCAUUUUAUCAUCAGUCCCUGACAAGCCUAAAACAGUCCCUAGUCCCGUGAUGCCAUUUAUAAGUGUGUCUGAAUCUGUAACCUCCGUAUCGGGAACAUCAAGUUCAAUUCUGAAUGAGGGAGCAACUCCCUCCUUGGUAACCCCAGGCCAGCUUUUGCAGCCUGGCCCUACUGCAGUUUCAUCUCAGCCUUUACAAACAGCUCAGAGGGACGUUGAGGUUGUGCAAGUGUUAUCGCCAGAAUUAUCACAAUCAACAGCAGAAGUUCAAGAACCUAUAUUGCCUUUGCCUUUGCCAUCUGAACAGAAGCUACGUGGAGCUCCUACCUAUCAUCAUACUAAUAGAGGAGGACGUGAAAGAGGAAGAGGAAAUGGGAUUUCACGUCCUGUGACUAGAUUUACAGAGGAGUUUGAUUUUACAGCAAUGAAUGAGAAAUUCAACAAGGACGAAGUUUGGGGUGAUCUUGGUAAAAGUAAUAAAGCUCAAGAAGAUGCAGAUAAUUUGGAAGAUGAAGAUAAUGGUGGAGAGACAAAUAAUGAGGCCAAGCCUGUUUAUGUCAAGGAUGACUUUUUCGAUUCCCUGUCUUGUGAUGCUCUUGAUCGUGGAUCACGUAAUGGGAGGACCAAAUUUUCUGAACAACUGAGAAAAGAUUCUGAGACAUUUGGCUAUAUGCCAAGGCAUUGGGGUAAUCGAGGGGGCCGUGGAGCUGGUCGAGGUGGCCGAUCACGCGGUGGUUACUACGGAAGGGGCUAUGGCAAUGUUGGGAGGGGUCGGGGAUAUAUUUAUUCAAGCCGUGACACCUAGUAAGCACUGGCUUCUCACAGUAUCUUUUAGAACUAACCUUAAGUCCAUUAGUGUGCCCAUCUACUCAAGAGUCUUAAGAAGGGCUGUGUUUGUAUGAUUAUGCCGCUUACAGCUUACCUGUGAUUGUGCUAAAAAUAAGUAAACCCUGAGACAGAAGGGAUUUUCUAUUGCAGUGUCAACAAAGCAUACCUAUGCCUUAUGCAAAUCAAUUGUUGUAAUUCAACUUUUUCUUGGUCUUAUUGCAUGGGAAAAAGAAUAUUUCAGGUCAA